AUGGCUUCCAGAUCAGAGAAGGAUCUCUGCUGCCCGGUCUGUCGCGAUGUCUUUAUGGUUCCGGUGGUUCUGUCAUGUAGCCACACCUUCUGUAAGGAGUGUCUGGUGACCUGGUGGAGAGAGAAACCAGCAAGAGAGUGUCCAGUUUGUAAGAGGAGAUCUUCAAUGGAUGAUCCACCGUUUUUAGAAUCGGCUCAGAGAGCUUCAGAGGUUCUCUGCAGUCUGCACUCUGAGAAACUCAAACUCUUCUGUCUGGACCAUCAGAAGCCAGUGUGUGUCAUCUGCAAAGAUUCAGAAAAACACACCAAGCACAGAUUCAUAUCCAUCGAUGAAGCUGCUCAGCAACACAAGAAGGACCUUGAACAAGCUCUGCAGCCUUUGAAGGAGAACCUGACUGUCAGGAAGAAAGUUCAAGAGGAGUUUGAUCGGACCGCAGAGCAUCUGAAGGUCCAGAGCCAAAACACAGAGAGGCAGAUUCAGGAGCAGUUCAGGAAGCUUCAUCAGUUUCUAGCAGAGGAAGAGGAGGCCAGGCUGGCUGCACUGAGGGAGGAAGAGGAGCAGAAGUGGGGAGUGAUGAAGGAGAAGAUGGAGGCUCUGAGCAGAGAGACAGCAACUCUGUCAGACACAGUCAGAGCCGUGGAGGAGGAGCUGAGAGCUGAAGACGUCUCCUUCCUGACCAACUUCAAAGCUACAGUGGAAAGAGUCCAGCGCUGCCCCCUGCUGGAGGAUCCACAGCUGCCCUCAGGAUUUCUUAUAGACCAGGCCAAACAUCUGGGCAACCUGGCCUUCAACAUCUGGAGCAACAUGAAGGACACAGUGUCCUACACGCCUCUCAUCCUGGACCCAAACACGGCUGAUUCUCGACUGAUCCUGUCUGAAGAUCUGACCAGUGCAACUUUUGGAGAGAAUCAGCAGUUUCCUGAUAAUCCAGAGAGGUUCGACACCUUGUGCGCUGUCCUGAGUUCUGAGGGCUUUAACUCGGGAAAGCACAGCUGGGAUGUUGAUGUUAGCGGCAGUGAAUUCUGGGAGCUUGGGGUGUUAGCAGAGUCUGCCCAGAGGAAGGGAAACAUGGAGUCUGGAUUUCUGGUUCUAUGCUUCUAUGAAAGACAUUAUUCAGCGGAGUCUGCAACAGCUCCUCCUAGAGAACUCUACAUUCAGAAGAUGUUCCAGAGGAUCAGAGUGAAUCUGGACUGGGACAGAGGAAAACUGACGUUCUCUGAUCUGGAUACUAACACACACAUACACACCUUCAUACACACCUUCACAGACAAAAUGUUUCCAUACAUCAACACGGUGGAUAAAGUAAAAAUCCUACCAAUGAAGAUCUCAGUGAUCAAAUAGCAGGUCUGAAGGUUCUCAGCAUGAAGAACACAAAGUUCACUUCACACUUUAUUAUUCAAUG